AUGAGUGCUCAAGCUGCUCCAAAGUGGUAUCCAUCUGAAGACAUCUCAGCUCCAAAGAAGACCAGAAAGACUGCUCGCCCACAAAAGUUGCGUGCUUCUUUGGUCCCAGGUACCGUCUUGAUCUUACUUGCUGGUCGUUUCAGAGGUAAGAGAGUCGUCUACUUGAAACACAUGGAAGACAACACUUUGUUGGUCACUGGUCCAUUCAAGGUCAACGGUGUUCCAAUUAGAAGAGUUAAUGCUCGUUACGUCAUUGCUACCUCCACCAAGGUUUCCGUUGCUGGUGUUAACGUUGAAAAGUUCAACGCUGAAUACUUCGCUAAGGAAAAAUUGAACAAGAAGCAAAAGAAGGAAGCUAACAUGUUCCCAGAACAACAAGUCAAAGAAUUGAAGACCGAACGUGUCGAAGACCAAAAGAACGUCGACAAGGCUUUGUUAGCUGAAAUCAAGAAGACUCCAUUGUUGAAACAAUACUUAGCUGCUUCUUUCUCUUUGAAGAACGGUGAAAAACCACACAUGUUGAAAUUUUAA